UAUUAUUUUUUUAACAUUGCCCUCCAUCGAUCUAUCCCAAUGUUGAUCCACCUUCCUUAUAAAUCUAACUAUUUUAUUUUUUCUUUCAUCCUUUGCUUUUCUCUUUUUUCUCAUCUUUUCUUGUCCUUACUCUCUUUUUCUUCCAUCCUUCUGGCCUUUCUCCUCCUUCUUCCUAUUCAAGCUUCUCGCUUCUUCCCUCUCUUCUAAUUAUGUUCCUUUCGACUAUAUAUAUCACAUAACUUUAUGCUAAUUCAUCAGAUCAUAUAGGAGAACCCACCCCCCCCCCCCCCCCCCCCCCCCCCCUCUCAUCCUCUCCCUACCCAAUACAAAUCUUGAAUCUCACAAUAUCUCACUCAAAAUAAUCAUCAAGGUCCAUGGAAGACUCUUCCUCUGCUGCUUAUAUCCGUCUGGUGCAUCGUCUCAUAGAAGAGUGUAUCCUAUUCAACAUGAGCAAAGAAGAGUGCAUGGAAGCUCUUUCCAAACAUGCAAAUAUCAAACCGGUUAUCACCUCCACCGUUUGGAAUGAGUUAGAAAAGGAGAACAAGGAGUUUUUCGAGGCAUACUCGAGGAGCAGAGCAGAGAGAGGUUGUGAGAGAGAGACAAGACAAAGGAUACAGAACAUGGUUUCAGAUUCUUCCAAAGAACGAGUUUAGAUUUCAGACGCGAUUAAUAUAUCAAGGUUAAUUAAUUAACGAUGAAAUCAUAUUGGUAAUUAACGGAGGUGGAAGAAGGUGGUUGUUUAUGUAAUAAUAUCCCAAUCGAAGGGUAAUAGUAACGGGACCAAACAAUACUGGACCAAGGGACAACAUCAUCGUAUCAUCAUAUGUGAGGGCGGCAUAAAUGGCUUUAUUUGAUUUGUCCCAAGAUGUAGAAGUUCAAGUCAGCACUCUACAGUGAUUGCAAGAGUGUGACAUGGCAUACAGGUGUCGUGUUAAAUAAUUUUUUUUAACAAAAUGUGUGUUAGCUUCUAGAUUCGAUGUACAUGAAAAUCAUUAUUAGUUAAAUAUUCUAUCAUUUGGAUAUAUUUUUUUUUUUA